AGGUGUGUGUUAGCUUUGGUCCAGCGAAGUCAGUGCGAAGUGGACUUCCAUUCUGCGGGAGAUUUUUAUUCGCUUAUGCGCGAUUGGUGGCUGUGGAUUAAAUCAAGAAGUGAAUUUGGACUGCAAAUUGCAAUGUUUUAUCAUCAGUUCAGAGAAAGCAUAGACAUGAUUGGACGAUGAGUCAUUGAAUGAUAUUCUAAAAUCGAGUCAAAUUUUCAAAAAGUGUGAUGGAAUGUGAUAAUUUAAAGUUAGUGGAUACAGUUUAACCCUAUGACGAAGUACAUAGAAAACCUGUUCUUAAACGAGUUGCACCUUUAGGAGAGACUGUUCAGAUCGAAGAACGUUAGAUCAUGCCGUGUUUCGUGAUUGAAGUGAAGCGAACCGAAAGUGUCGUCAUCUCCUCCAACAUUGUGGAUCUGUAUAUUUCGCAUUUAAAAGUCGCAAAAUGUUAUCUCAAGCAACCAUUCUGUGCUGUAUCAUGGCUGUGAUAGUCGUUUUACCGAUGGUCUCAAUGGCCAAAGUGGUGGACGCAGCGACGUCGUCCGAUUCGGAGUCCGACGAAUCUUGCAUCGAUAACAAAGCUUGCCCGGAGGACGAAUACUGCGAUCUGCACAGCCUGUCAUGUACCCGGUGCAGUGAGAUCUGUUCCCGGCGUGAAACCCGCAUUGAUUGCAAUAAAAAGUGCAAAGAUUAUCUCAUCCUGCAGAGGAUUGCCACCUUGGAGAACAACCUGUACACCACCAUCGUCAUCUUUGCCAUCAUCCUGCUGAUGCUCGCGAUUCUGGUGGCCGUAAUCAUUGUCCGAUGGUGUCGAAGACAUGGUCACCUAUCGUGUGCGAUCGUGAAGCGUUUGAUUGGAUCGGACGAGAAGAGCAAUCCGCCGGUGAUGGAGUAUACGCACGAAAAUCCGCACACCAAAAGCCCCAAGCUGAGUGCUCGUAAUUCCACCAACAACAACAGUCCACUUCCGGCACCACCUUCGGUGGCCACCGUUGGCCCACCGAGCAUCUACUCCGAAGGGUCAGCUUCCAUGCAGACGGUCACAACGCCGGUUAGUCGCGGCUAUCCGGCGGAAUACUGGCGGGACAAUCAUGCGUACGAUAACGGAGGACUGGCGAUCACUCCAACGGAGAAUACCUACGAGUACGUGAAAAGCAGCUGCUAGAUCGGUGGAUAAUAAGAAAAGUUAAAACAAAAGUUAAGUCAGCACAAAGUUAAUAGCAUACCGGACUCGGACUAUCGAAGUUUAAAAAAAAUUAAUUCAAACACGUUCCUUACGCAUAAAGUAUUUAUUUCACUCAGUGCAAAAUUUCAGCAGGCACAACUGGAGAAAACAUUUCGCAUUCAUUGAUUCGGCUGUACAUUCGUCUUUUUCAUUAUCAUUCUAAUUAAAUCAGUAUUAGCUUGUUUAAUUUUUCUAGCUCUGUUUUUGGCAACAAUUGCAUGGCAAUACGAUAUUUUAUUUUCUUUGUAAAUAUCAAACAAGAGACAAUGCUGAAAGUUUUCUGAGAAGCAGCAAGUAAUCCACUGUAAGUACCUACUCAUAAAUGAGAGAAUCGUAACUCGUAGUUUAUCCUAGUAAUUUAGAUUGCAUUAAGUAAUUAAGACAAAUAAAUCAUACUAUU